AUGACGCAGUUCUUACCCCCAAAUCUACUUGCACUAUUCGCGGCGCGGGACCCCAUUCCCUACUUGCCACCGGCGGCGAAACUCCCGCACGAGAAGAAGCAAAAGGGAUACGAUGGAGUCGGGGCUUUCCUUAACGUGUUUGAGCACCCAUCUGAGACUCCGCCACCUACGCGGGUGGAGACUCGCGAGGAGCGGCUCGAGAGGCGGAGGCGUGAGCGUGCCGAGCAGACCGCUUACCGAUUGGAGCAGGAGAUCGCUCUUUGGGAUCCCGCUGCCAAUCCCGUCGCCACCACUGACCCCUUCAAGACUCUGUUCGUGGCCCGCAUUAAUUACGACACUUCCGAAUCUAAGCUAAGAAGAGAGUUUGAAGGAUAUGGGCCAAUUAAAAGAAUAAACAUGGUAUUCAACAAAGAAAAUGACAAACCGCGCGGCUACGCUUUCAUUGAAUACGAACAUGAGAGGGACAUGCAUUCCGCGUACAAACACGCUGACGGCAAGAAGAUCGACGGCAAACGCGUGCUGGUGGACGUGGAGAGGGCUCGCACCGUCAAGGGGUGGCUGCCGAGGAGGCUCGGCGGCGGCCUGGGCGGGACGCGGCGCGGCGGCGCCGACGUGAACAUCAAGCACUCGGGGCGCGAGGACAACGAGCGCGAGAGGGAGAGGUACCGCCUCGAGCAGAGGGACCACGACGACCGGGGCGCGCACAGGGACAGAGAGGCGGUUCGCCCCGGCGGGCGUCGGCGCACCCGCUCGCGCUCGCGCCGCCGCUCCGCCUCCCGUUCGCGCAGACGCGAGCGCGAGCGAGAGAGAGAGAGGCCCCGCGAGGAGGAGGUAGACAAGCGGCGGCGGCGGUCGCGCUCGCGGUCGGAGCGGCGGCGCGAGCGGCGCGAGCGGGACAGGGAGCGCGAGAGGGAGCGGGACGGCAAGCCCGAGCGGUCGCGCUCGCGCGACAAGAAGCGCUCGCGGCGGAGGGACCACAAGGUCAAGGCGGAGGACGUCAAGGUCAAGGAGGAGCCCAUGGACGACUACCCCGAGUUCAGCCUCCCGCCGUUGGACGUGCAGAUCAAGCAGGAGCCCGGCGAGGACGAGAACAAAUACAACCCGGAAGACGCCAACGGAGACCACUACGAUUAC